AUGGGGGCGACUGGGCCGGGAGAGCCCGCGGGCUGGCGCAGGGCCGCGUGCGUGGGGCACCGCGGGCCUUCCACGUACCGGUCGCUCUUCACGUACAAAGGCGGAAAGCGCGCCCAUAACCUUACUUUUAAAUUCUGCUUUGCCUAAAGGACGGACACGAUGCCCUUACCGCAGCAUAGCGCGAUUAAAUGAAGGCUCCCGUUCUUCGGCGUCUCUAAAAGGCGCCUGAAGCUGGCAGCAGGCCUGGCGGCCCGGCUACGGCAGGAGGGGGAUGCCUUAGUUCCUCUUGUUGGACGCAGUUCCUGUCGCUCUCCCCGUAGUUGCUGAUUCUUAGUAGGCAUGCUGGUUAAAGCGGCAGAGCUGACAGGAUUUCCAGUGCCCUAAUGGCCAUCGUGCUGUGUCAGAUGUUGCAAAGGCCGGUGGUGGAUCCAGCUGCCGGCACUGCUGUGUGUGCUGGGGUUGCGCUGGAUGGAUUUGUGUUCCUGAACAGGAUGAGUUUUCUUCAGAGAAAAUGCUAAUGCAUAUGUACAAGGUAACUAUCCAGAUGAAGUCACAGGGCUGCACACGUGUGGACUGUUUACAACAAAACCAUUUUACAUGCUCCUAGCAGAGACCCGCUCAAUUCCACAUGUUGCCUAGGAGGAUAAAUGAGCACCACAAUUGGAGAACUGGAAAAUUUGAAUGAUAGGAUUAUUUAUCUGAAAGCUCGUCCUGUAAAACCUUAACAUAGGAACAGAAGCUCAAUAUUUGUGUAUCUAGUACACUAAUUGACAAAAGUCAAGCUAGUUAUAAAGUAACAUAGCUAGAAGUAACCUUUUCUGCUUUGAAUUUUGGCCUGCUUUUUUACUUGCACUGCUUUACCUCAUCAUAUGUAAAUGAUGUUUAAAAUGGAAGUAGUCAUUUCAGUAAUAGCAAAUUGUGUUUAAAAAUUGACUUGGUUAUCUUAGUAAUAGGAAAUUCCUGAUAGCUAUUUAAACAAAUCCCUUAAUUUUUUUGAUAACGUGGAUGUUUGGAUUUGUAUCUAAGUCCUUCUAUUUGCGAUGAGUAAGCAACACCAGCAGCUGGUCACUUAAUUCUCUGUUUAGUUCUGCCUGGAUGUAGCAGCUCAGCAGGCAUGAAGGACCCCUGUGUAGCUGUAGAACAACUAGCACUACUGCUGUGGCCAGUGAGCAUCUGGGGACCGCCAAGACUUCGGGGAUAGUAUUAUAUACCUUUCUAAAUGGAUUUGUUAGAGGUGUAUAAUGGUUGCAACUACCCCAGUCAUCAAAGUGUAGUUUGCAUCUGCUUUUUAAACUCAUAUCCCAGGCAUAUGAAGUUCUGUCGGACCCAAAGAAAAGGGACCUCUAUGACCAGGGUGGGGAGCAGGCUAUUAAAGAAGGAGGCCUGAGUGGCGGCAGCUUCUCUUCACCCAUGGACAUCUUUGACAUGUUCUUUGGUGGUGGAGGCCGAAUGAAUAGAGAGAGAAGAGGCAAAAAUGUUGUGCACCAGUUAGGUGUAUCUCUUGAAGAUUUAUAUAAUGGUAUUACCAGGAAACUGGCACUGCAAAAGAAUGUUAUUUGUGGAAAGUGUGAAGGUUAUGGCGGAAAGAGAGGGGCAAUAGAAAAGUGCCCUGUGUGUAAAGGAAGAGGAAUGCAAGUUCUAGUUCAGCAGAUUGGACCUGGCAUGGUACAACAAAUCCAAACUGUGUGUCCAGAAUGCAAAGGCCAAGGUGAAAGAAUAAAUCCGAAGGACAGGUGUGACAACUGCAAUGGCUGUAAGGUUGUAAGAGAGAAAAAGAUCAUAGAAGUUCAUGUUGAUAAAGGUAUGAAGGAUGGGCAGAAGAUAGUAUUUCAUGGAGAAGGUGACCAGGAGCCUGAUCUGGAGCCUGGUGAUGUUAUAAUUGUGCUUGAUCAAAAGGAUCACAGUGUCUUUCAGAGGCGAGGGCAUGACUUAAUCACAAAAAUGAGAAUUCAACUCUCGGAGGCUUUAUGUGGUUUCAGAAAGACCAUUGAAACUCUGGACAACAGAGUUCUUGUCAUAUCGUCUAGGCCAGGUGAAGUGAUAAAACAUGGUGACCUGAAGUGUAUCUACAAUGAAGGGAUGCCCAUCUACAAAUCUCCAAUGGACAAAGGCAGCUUAAUUAUACAAUUUUUGGUCCAGUUCCCAGAGCACUACUGGCUCCCAAGGGAGAAACUGUGUCUGCUGGAGGCUCUGCUUCCUCCCCGAGAAGAUGUUAUGAUUACAGAUGAGAUGGAUCAGGUAGACCUUGAAGAUUUUGAUCCAAGUGAGCAAACCUACCGCAACAGUGGGGGAGAAGCUUAUGAAGAAGAUGAGGAGGGUCCAAGAACAGGAGUACAAUGUCAGACAUCUUGAAGCAAGGUGGAAUGGAUGUCAUCUAAAAUGUAAAUUUUCACAAUGAAAACUGCAUGGCUGUAAUAGCCACUGCUUGUGGUUUUUGUGUUCAGCAAAUUGAGUUGCUGCGCUGUUGGUAUCACCUUUUUGUAACUAAUUUAUAUUGUGUUCUUGUAGUCUUUAUAUAUAAGCAAAUGUCACACAGCUGAGAACCAACUGAGUUGGUAUACAUUUUCUUUUGCUGUGAAGGUUCUCAAUUUAUUUCACCUGUGCUAUUUAUAUAAGACUUUGGCAAUAUCGAUAGAGGCUAAGUGGAAUGUCUUAUGUAAAUACUUUCAUACUGGAAAAUUAAUUUCAUGGAAUAAAACAUAGCAAAUAACUUCUAAUAAAUAGAACUCUUCACAUUUUAUUAUGCUUCUCUUGUAC